AUGUCAGAGAGUGAUCGCAUGCCCAAAAUUGACCGCACCAAACUGAAACAAACCGAUAUCGACUUCAUAAAAUUCGUGGAAAAGCAGAAUUUGGACCGUGUCCGAAAACUGCAAACCCUUCGCCGCAAAAACCUGAUCACUGUUAGCCUCCUUGGAACUGCAGUCUUGGGCAUUUACGGCUAUUCCAUUUGGGCAGUGCGACAAGAAAACUUCCUCGACGAUUUUGAAAUCCCAACCACUGUAACAGAAUCAGCAAAGUAG